AUGCAUCCUCAUCGACUUCACUCACUAUCGUCAGGAAUCGAAGGUGUCCAUAAAGUGGAUCUGUCUAACAUCCCAGACCCGCAAAGCCUGAGAAUACGUCUCGGGACUCAAAUGGUCAUGAUCUCACCUCGGCCGCUUGUCGAAGCCUGGCGACGUUCUCGUCCAGAGGGGGCAUUGGAGCACGUGCAAGCCGUCCUCCCAACCAGUGGACCCUCCUGCCACACGGGGUCGCAUGUGCAUGUCGGCCUCUCUCUGGUCCUUUCCCCUUUGCUAGGCCAAGCGCCCGAGACACGCCCCAGUUACUCCAUUGUUACCAACCUUGCCGUCUACUCCAUUGGUCGCCAUGCCAGCUCAUUCACCAUCGUUGUCGCCCACGCAUCCCUUUAA